ACACCAUGAAGACUAUAAAUACCAUAUCUUGCUCGUUGGUUGAACAGAACUGGAAGAGCACGUGUUUACUGCCAGCAUGACGUUUGAAUAAGAGCUGGGGCCUAAUUCUUUAGAAUUUUGUCAUUGAGUGUUGUGUAAGAAGUUUACAUUAUGCAGGUGUCUCAAGCGAAUAAUGUGAAGGUUUACAACCUCAGUCUUGGUAAAUCACUUCCAGAGUGGUUGUCAGACCGGAAGAAGAGGGCGUUGCAGAAAUCUGACCGAGAUCUACAGCACAGGAUACAGUUGAUUCAGGAUUUUGAGAUGCCUUCAGUCAGCAGUGGUGUACAAAUUACAGCAGAUAACCAGUUUAUAUUAGCAACAGGUACCUACAAGCCGCGGGUGCGAUGUUUUGAAGUCACGCAGCUGUCAAUGAAGUUUGAGCGAUGCUUUGACUCGGAAGUCGUUAGGUUUCACAUCUUGUCUGAAGACUACUCUAAGAUGGUAUUCUUGCAUUGUGAUCGCUAUGUGGAGUUUCAUGCACGAUACGGUCGAUACCACCGAUUACGGAUUCCCAAGUUUGGUCGGGACUUGGCAUACCAUGAGCCGUCUUGUGACCUUUUCCUUGUGGGAGCUAGUCCAGAGGUCUACAGACUGAAUUUGGAGCAGGGGCGCUUCCUGAGUCCAUUUUUAUCUGAAGCAAGUGCAAUCAACGCCUGCAGCAUCAACCCUGAGCACCACCUGCUGGCGCUGGGAACGCUGGAGGGAAGGGUGGAAUGCUGGGACCCGCGCAGCCGGAAACAGGCGGCCAUCUUGGAUUGUGCCCUGAGCAGCGUCACCACGGAAACACAGGUCAAAGGAAUGCCCUCUGUCUCGGCACUGAAAUUCAAAGAUGGCUUACAGAUGGCAGUCGGAACAUCUACUGGACAGGUUCUCUUGUAUGAUAUCCGCUCAGACAAACCCUUACUGGUGAAAGACCAUCACUACAGCCUGCCCAUCAAAGCGGUCGAGUUCCACCCCCAAUCUGAAAUGGUUGUGUCCACGGAUAGCAGAGCAGUCAGAAUAUGGGACGUGCACACUGGGAAAGCUUUCACUGCCAUCGAACCUGAGCACAGCAUCAAUGGCAUGUGUCUUGUACCAUCAUCGGGACUCAUUCUAACAGCCAACGAAGCACCCAAGCUUGGCGUGUAUUUUAUCCCAAGCUUAGGCCCGGCUCCAAAGUGGUGUGCCUUCCUGGAUAAUCUGACCGAGGAAUUGGAGGACAGUUCCCACAGCACAAUCUAUGACGAUUACAAGUUUGUCACCAAAGCUGAGCUAGAAAACCUCGGGCUGGCCCACCUUGUCGGUACCAGUCUACUGCGGGCCUACAUGCACGGGUACUUCAUGGACAUCAGGCUGUACCACAAGGCUAAAGCCAUCGCUGACCCCUUUGCCUACGAAGAGUAUGUCAAGAGCAAGAUCAAGCAGAAGAUAGAAGAGGACAGAGCCAGCCGUGUAAAACUGAGAAAGCUACCCAAGGUGAACGCAGCGCUUGCUUCCAAGUUGCAAGAACAACAGGAGCUGGAGCAGACAUCCAAGGGCAAGAGAGACAAGAAGGCUGAAGCGGACAGCAUUCUCCAUGACGACCGCUUCGCGGCGCUGUUCAAGAACCCCGAGUUCCAGGUGGACGAAUCGAGCGAGGACUACCGGCUCCUCCAUCCGGUCAUCACAAAGCAGCAGCGGCAGCAGCAGAAGGCAGCCCAGAAGAGAACCGUGCUGCAGCAGUUUGACGAACUGGAGGAAGAGGAGGGAAGGCCGAGCGAUGAGGACAGCAGUUCUGACGACGACGACCGAUCUUGGCAGCAGGAGCUCCGUAAGCAGCACCAGCAGCUGAGGGAAGAGCGGCGGGCCGAGGCCCGGUCCCAGGCAGCUGCCGGGGCCACACCCAAGUUCUAUGAGUUGAAGAAAGGGGAGGAGUUUAGCUCGACCAUCGGAAGGAAGCGGCUCAGCAAGAGGCAAUUGAGAACUAGCCUGGCCGACAGACUUGCCCAGGAGGACACACAGGGAGCAGUCAAGCACAUCGGUUCCUCCGUCGGCAACCAGCAGCUAACCUUCACCGUACAAAAGACGGCAAAGGAAGCCAAGUUCAAGCAGGACACCAUGGAGCAUCACAGGGAACGUAAAAAACUCAGGCGAUCGGCUGGACAGCUCGCGGGCAAAUCGCGGGCGGGAAAGUUUCACAGAUGACGAUCUCAAAAGUGUUUCAGCUUGUUCUUAAUUCUAUAAUUUUAUAGAGUUUUUGCAAAGGGUCAUGGACGGUUGUCGUCGAAUUGGCCAAAUUGAUGAGUGCAACAUCUCAUACUCACAGCCGAACUUGUAGCUUGAGGCGAUAUUGGAUGGGAUCACUUUUGUUGCAUGUAUUGCUCACACACACAGAUAAUUUCAUCCAUUUGUGUCCUCUGAAUGACCAAAAUUGUCGAGAUCUCUGUAAAGUGCCUAUCAAGCUUGUGCCAACAGGUAUAUUUGUAUCAAAGUGAGGUGAGCAACAUACAGGAAAGCUGUUAUAAGAAUAUGUGCAGAACAAUCGGAACGAUGACUGGCUUCAAUCGAGAGAGUAAAAUGCAGUGGAAAACUUACUAGGUUCCCUCUGAAUCAAUUCAUGGUUGAACAAAGAGUUGGCUGGAGCAGUGGUUCAGCUUGGACCUCUGGAAAAAAACAUAUCUAUCAGUGCCUAACUAGUCUCUGGGGGUGAGUCUGAAUAGGCCUCUGUGAAGUGAUGACAUCACUGUUUGUUGCACUUUUCAAGGAGCUUUUGCGGCCCACGGUCCAGUAAGCACCAUAGGAAGGCACACACAUGAACAAAGUUUGGCAUCUUCAAUACAGAUAUCUAUGACUCGGCUGUAAUUGGAAAACAUUAGCCUCUGUGAAAGCUAUACUCGCUAGCAGCUUCAACCACUUCUCACAGAUGCAUAUGCUACUGUAAGCCAUAGCCAGUUGAUGUAGAGACGGUCCACGACUUGCCAGUGUCUGUGUUCCUUGACACCAGCCAGAAACCCACAAACCCACGUGUGCCCGCGUCGGAGACUUUUUCAAUGGGCAGAAGGCGUGUUGAAAAACAGACUUGGCCGAACAGAGCAAGCAAGAAUCGUGAGCAAACUGUAUAUGACUUUCCACUCAUGUGCCACGGCAUGGCAUAGCCCUCCUCGGGCCCAUCGAUCAAUUUUCAGUUGGGAAAACACCGGUGGAUUUUAGAGACCUUUCAGACUACGAAAAGUGUUCUUGGUUCUGUGCGAUGGGGUAUGCAAAGAAAGAGUGUACUGGUUAUAGGUAAGCAUGAUUAGGUACUUGUGAAGCCACUUCUAGUCACAGGUGGAUGCAAAUAAACACAAUUUAAAUUA